GCUGCGGGAGCAGCGGCCGCCUUGGGAGCUGGCGGAGAGGCAGCCGCGGAGCGCAGAGCUGGCCGCGCCCCGAGGCCCGGCCCUAGCGGUGGGGAACCGCACCGAGGAGCUGGAAACUUUCCCGUUCUCUUCCCAGCUUUCUGUGGUCACGGAGGAACUUUCUGAGUGCCCCCCGAGUAAGACAGCGUCUCUCUGUUGCCAGCAAGUAGAGUCUGGGGUGAAGCGAGAAGCGAAAGAGUGUUGAAAAUGUUAAAGGCUGUGCUGAAGAAGAGCCGAGAGGGAGGAAAGGGAAGCAAGAAGGAAACAGGAGGUGACUUUGGUCUGGAGACUUCCCCUCCAGUCCUGCCCCCUGGCCAUGGUGGCGAGUUUUCUGUGAGCAGCCUUCCAGUGGCAGAGGACGCCUACAGGGUGAGCUUGGCCAAAGGUGUCUCCAUGUCUCUGCCUUCGUCACCUCUGCUGCCUCGACAGUCUCACUCUGUGCCAUCAAGAUCAACCAAAAAGUCCCCAGGUCCCGUCAGGAAGCCCAAGUAUGUGGAAAGCCCCAGAGUGCCUGGAGAUACAGUCAUAAUCCCGUUCCGAGACGUGCCCAAGCCAACAGAGCCCAGUGAAAAUGAAGCAAAGGCCGAUAAUGAACCGAGCUGUUCGCCAGCAGCUCAAGAACUGUUGACAAGGCUGGGAUUUUUACUGGGAGAAGGGAUCCCAAGUUCCACACACAUCACCAUUGAAGAAAAAAACGAAACCAUGUGCACAGCUCUGAGCCAAGGCAUCAGCCCUUGCUCCACACUUACAAGCAGUACCGCGUCUCCUAGCACCGAUAGCCCCUGCUCAACCUUGAAUAGCUGUGUCAGCAAGACGGCAGCCAACAAAAGUCCCUGUGAGACCAUUAGCAGCCCUAGUUCCACCCUGGAAAGCAAGGACAGUGGAAUUAUAGCCACAAUUACAAGUUCAUCCGAAAAUGAUGACCGGAGUGGCUCCAGUUUGGAAUGGAAUAAGGACGGAAGCCUAAGGUUAGGGGUACAGAAGGGAGUGCUUCAUGACCGCAGGGCAGAUAAUUGCUCCCCAGUGGCAGAAGAGGAGCCCCCUGGGCCAGCGGAGAGUGUGCUGCCCAAAGCCGAAGCCUCAGUUGGAGAUGGUCCGGUCCCUUAUUCUCAGAGCUCCAGCUCGCUAAUAAUGCCACGGCCCAACUCAGUUGCAGCGACGAGCUCAACCAAAUUGGAAGAUCUGAGUUAUUUAGACGGACAGAGAAAUGCUCCCCUUCGGACAUCAAUUAGGUUACCAUGGCACAAUACGGCCAGAGGCAGGGCACAGGAAGUUAAAGCACGAUUUGCUCCCUACAAGCCGCAAGACAUUUUGUUGAAACCCCUGUUGUUCGAAGUACCGAGCAUAACUACAGACUCUGUGUUUGUGGGAAGGGAUUGGCUCUUUCACCAGAUAGAAGAAAACUUGAGGAACACAGAACUGACAGAAAACAGAGGAGCAGUGGUUGUUGGAAACGUGGGCUUUGGGAAGACGGCGAUCAUUUCUAAGUUGGUGGCACUGAGCUGCCACGGAAGCCGCAUGAGGCAGAUUGCUUCCAACAGCCCCAGUUCAUCACCGAAAACUUCAGAUUCCUCCCAGGAUCUUCCUUUCACUCCAUUGCUUUCACCAAGUUCUUCUACAAGUGGUAUCAAUGCAGCUAAAUCCCCCCCUGGGUCUGGGUCUGAUACUCCUGAGAACCAGAGACCAAGAGAGGAUGCAGUGAAAUACCUCGCUUCUAAGGUCGUGGCCUACCACUACUGCCAGGCCGACAACACCUACACGUGCCUGGUGCCCGAGUUCGUGCAUAGCAUCGCUGCUCUCCUCUGCCGGUCCCAUCAGCUGGCCGCCUACCGAGACCUGCUGAUAAGGGAGCCCCAGCUCCAGAGCAUGCUGAGCCUCAGGUCCUGUGUGCAGGACCCAGUGGCCGCUUUCAAGAGGGGUGUGCUGGAGCCACUCACAAGCCUGAGAAACGAGCAGAAAAUUCCUGAAGAAGAAUACAUUAUUUUGAUAGAUGGUUUAAAUGAAGCUGAGUUUCAUAAACCUGAUUAUGGAGAUACACUUUCUUCAUUUAUUAUCAAGAUUAUUUCUAAAUUCCCUGCCUGGUUGAAGUUGAUUGUGACUGUAAGAGCAAAUUUUCAGGAAAUCGUCAGCAAGCUGCCGUUCAUCAAGCUGUCCUUAGACGACUUCCCAGACAACAAGGACAUCCACAGCGACCUGCACGCCUACGUCCAGCACAGGGUCCACAGCAGCCAGGACAUCCUCAGCAACAUCUCUCUGAACGGCAAGGCCGACGCCGCCCUCAUCGGGAAAGUGAGCAGCCACCUGGUGCUGCGGAGCCUCGGCUCCUACCUGUACCUCAAACUCACCUUGGACCUCUUCCAGAGGGGACACCUGGUCAUCAAGAGCGCCAGCUACAAGGUGGUGCCCGUGUCGCUGUCCGAGCUCUACCUGCUGCAGUGCAACAUGAAGUUCAUGACCCAGUCCGCCUUCGAGAGAGCGCUGCCCAUUUUAAACGUGGCCCUCGCAUCCCUCCACCCCAUGACAGACGAGCAGAUCUUCCAGGCGAUUAACGCCGGCCACAUCCAAGGGGAGCAGGGCUGGGAGGACUUUCAGCAGAGGAUGGAUGCCCUCUCUUGCUUCCUCAUUAAGAGGCGAGACAAAACCCGCAUGUUCUGCCACCCGUCCUUCAGGGAGUGGCUCGUGUGGAGAACAGAUGGCGAGAACACAGCCUUCCUGUGUGAGCCCAGGAACGGGCAUGCUCUCCUGGCAUUCAUGUUCUCGAGACAGGAGGGCAAGCUGAACCGCCAGCAGACCAUGGAGCUCGGCCAUCACAUCCUGAAGGCACACAUUUUCAAGGGCCUCAGCAAGAAGACCGGAAUCUCUUCAAGCCAUCUGCAAGCCCUGUGGAUUGGGUACAGCACCGAGGGGCUGUCUGCCGCCCUGGCCUCCCUCAGGAAUCUCUACACUCCCAAUGUGAAGGUGAGCCGUCUCCUAAUUUUGGGAGGGGCCAACGUGAACUACAGGACCGAAGUGUUAAAUAACGCCCCGAUCCUGUGCGUCCAGUCUCACCUCGGCCACGAGGAGGUGGUCACUCUGCUCCUGGAAUUUGGCGCCUGCCUGGACGGCACGUCGGAGAACGGCAUGACUGCCCUCUGCUACGCGGCCGCGGCCGGCCACACGAAGCUGGUGUGUCUGCUGGCCAAGAAGGGGGCGAGGGUGGACCACUUGGAUAAGAAAGGCCAGUGCGCGCUGGUCCACAGCGCACUGAGGGGCCACGGCGACAUUCUCCGCUACCUGCUGACCUGUGAGUGGUCCGUGGGCCCACCCCAGCCAGGCGUGCUGAGGAAGAGCCAGGCCCUGCAGCAGGCACUGACAGCGGCCGCCAGCAUGGGCCACAGCUCGGUGGUCCAGUGCUUGCUGGGACUGGAAAAGGAACAUGAAAUAGACAUCAAUGGCACCGACACACUGUGGGGAGAAACAGCCCUGACGGCCGCUGCAGGACGAGGCAAGCUGGAGGUCUGCGAGCUGCUGCUGGAGCGUGGAGCCGCCGCGUCUCGGACUAACAGGAGAGGCGUCCCUCCGUUGUUCUGCGCGGCACGCCAGGGGCAUUGGCAGAUCGUUAGGUUGCUGUUGGACCGUGGCUGUGAUGUGAACCUAAGUGACAAACAGGGCCGGACGCCCCUCAUGGUGGCUGCUUGUGAAGGGCACUUGAGCACCGUGGAAUUUCUCCUUUCGAAAGGUGCCGCCCUUUCUUCUCUGGACAAAGAGGGUCUGUCGGCAUUAAGCUGGGCUUGUCUGAAAGGGCACAGGGCUGUGGUCCAGUUCCUGGUGGAGGAAGGAGCCAAGAUCGACCAGACGGACAAGAACGGCCGCAGCCCCCUGGACCUGGCCGCCUUCUACGGCGAUGCGGAGACCGUGCUGUACCUGGUCGACAAGGGGGCCGUGAUCGAGCACGUGGACCACAGCGGCAUGCGGCCCUUGGACAGAGCCAUCGGUUGUCGAAACACAUCUGUAGUGAUUACACUGCUGAGAAAAGGAGCCAAGUUAGGAAAUGCUGCUUGGGCGAUGGCUACUUCCAAACCUGAUAUUCUGAUUAUACUUUUACAGAAAUUGAUGGAGGAAGGAAACUUGAUGUACAAAAAAGGGAAGAUGAAAGAGGCAGCCCAGAGGUACCAGUAUGCCUUAAGGAAGUUUCCUCGAGAAGGAUUCGGAGAGGACAUGAGACCAUUCAAUGAGCUAAGGGUUUCCCUCUAUCUCAAUUUGUCUCGCUGCCGAAGAAAAACAAAUGACUUCGGCAUGGCAGAAGAAUUUGCUUCCAAGGCUCUCGAGUUGAAACCAAAGUCCUAUGAAGCCUUUUAUGCCAGAGCGAGAGCAAAGAGGAGCAGCAGGCAGUUCACGGCCGCUCUGGCUGACUUGCGGGAAGCCGUGAAGCUCUGUCCCACCAACCAGGAGAUCCGGAGGCUCCUGGCGCGCGUAGAAGAGGAAUGCAAGCAGCUCCAGAGGAGCCAGCAGCAGAAGCAGCAGUGCCCGCCACCAGCGCCCCCCGCCGACUCGGACCACGAGGAGGACGCCCCGACCCCCGGCCUGAACGACCACUUUCAUCUUGAGGAGGCUGAGGAGGAGGAGACCUCUCCACAGGAAGAAUCCGUUCCCCUCGCUCCCAGGCCCCAGCCGCCCUCCUCUGCCCCCUCCCCAUACAUCCGAAACCUUCAAGAAGGGCUCCAGUCCAAAAUGAGGCCGGUAUCGCCACAGAAUCGGCCGGGGCUGAGCAAGCCCCCGAGGGAGCCGGUCGCUCAGCCGGGGCUGAGGGUGCAGCCCACCAAGCAGGCACAGAUCGUGAAAACCAGCCAGCACCUGGGUUCUGGGCAAGCUGGCGUGAGAAGUGCUAGCUUGAAAACGCAGGUCUCUUCGCAGAAUCCUCCCCCGAGUCCCAUGCCUGGAAGAGUCUCUGCCACCCCCGCUGCCGGGAGCAGAAACCAGCAUGUGGAGGGAACAGGCACCUUCACUGCGGGAGCAGCUUCUGGUCACUCGGGAGAUCGGCUGGGGCCCAGCCCCAGCGUCCAGCUGCAGCCCAGUGACGGUGAUGCUGCGUAUCCUUUACCGAGUAAGAUAAAAACUGCAGAGAGGCUUCUGUCUCGUGCCACCGUGGCUGUGGACGUAGCCCCUCUGAACCCAGGCGGGCCUGUGAGCUGCAGCGACGUGCGGCACCCGGCUUCCCUCACCAGCUCAGGCUCUUCCGGUUCCCCGUCAAGCAGCAUCAAGAUGUCAAGUUCAACCAGUAGUUUGGCUUCAAGCAGCAGUUUUUCAGAGGGCUUCAAGGUCCAAGGACCAGAUGCUCGAAUAAAAGACAAGGUUGGUAGCCAGGCUCCGAGUGGCCCAGCUGAGCACAGGCCGCGCAGCACUCCGUUCAUGGGCAUCAUGGAUAAGACAGCGAGGUUCCAGCAGCAGAGCCACCCUCCCAGCCGCACCUGGCACUGCGCGGUGCCAGAGGGGCUGCCGACGAACACUCCUUCUGCGGCUGGCCUGCAGGCGUCACACUCUGAGAAGCCCUCUCUCAAACAAGCAGGAGGAUACAGUAGCCAAGCCAAAACCCGUUCUGUGUCUACUCUGGGUGGAGGGGUCCACAACGGGGCCCAGGGGAAGGAGCUAGAAGAAAAGAAGUGCCAAAUUCCAGUCCACUGUCAAGACAGCCGGAUAACUAAGACUGUUUCUCAUGCGUAUCAGGAAAGUCUCUCUAAACAGCAACCUCACAUCAGCAGUGAAGCCCACAGGAGUCACCUCCCUUCAGCAAAACCAAAGCGAUCAUUCAUAGAAUCAAAUGUGUGAGCCGUAAGAGAGACCCAUUUGUAGUAUUUGGAAAACAGUGUGUUGGCUCCUGUUAGUAAUUAAAUGGUUGGUUGUGAGAAAAAUUACUCUUUAGUCAUAUAUUUAUUUUCCCUUGGGGGUGGAUCAGAUGCCAUUGAUAUAUUGAAAAUGUGGGAUUAAAUUUCUUUGAUAAAUAGAUAGAAGUCACCAGAAAUAAGAAUGCUAACCAGAAUUGAAAACUACAACUAGUUAUGCCUAUUAAGUUAAAAAUUUAAGACAGCCAAGAAGACAUUAACUCAUGCUUCUCUCUUUUGAAAUUGUUUGGUUUUUAUCACUUUUCUCCUAGCCUUUGCUAUGUGGUAAGAUCAUAUUAUUUUUUAGAUAGUGUAAAUGUCUAGUGAUAAGUUUAACUCAUGACGUAAUAUCCAGGUGAUGUGUUUUGGAAAAGAUGGAAUUUUCAAGUUACAGUUCCAAUGAGUCAAAUCUUAAUUUAUAUAUAUAUGCACAUACACAUACAGUUGACCCUUGAACAACAUGGGACUUAGGGGCGCCGAUCCCCUGUACAGUCAAAAAUGUACAGUGUAACUUUUAGUCGGCCCUAUGGAGGGUUCCACAUCCUCGUAUUCAACCAACUGUGGAUCAUGUAGUAUGUAUUGACCGGGGAAAAGAAAAUCCAUGUAUAAGUGGACCUGUACAAUUCAAACCUUUGUUGUUCAAGGGUCAGUGUGUAUGUGCAUGUGUGUGUGUGUGUAUAUAUAUAUAUAUAUAUAUAUAUAUAAAAAUAAAUAAUUUCUAGCUGAAUGUGACUAUACAUGUUAUAUGGCUGACUUUUGUUUUUUAAGUAAAAUACAAGAACAUCCAAGUAUUGUUCCCUUUAUAGCAGUUCCCUUAAAAAGAUUAAACACUUAUUUCUCUGUUAUGGUUCCUUUUUUUGGAACUAUAUUUCCCGCUUCAAGGUGUUUUUAAUAUUUGGAAAUAGUAUAAACCAUUUGGAAUCGUGAUUGGUGGUUAAGUUGAAUUUGGGCUAAAAUACUAAGAAUACAGCAUUCUCGGUGACAUGUAAAUUAGCUCUCAGUUGGUUCCCAAACUGCUUUUAUCAAUGAUAGCACUCCUGGAAUAAGCCUUCCAAGGUCCUCUAAUGACAAUAUUUAAUUUGGAUACUUAAGGUGUGGUUGGUUAUUGCUUUCGUUUUAUUAUACAGUCAUUACUUUAUAGCCACAUGUUGUAUAUAUCAUAUAGCCAAGUUGUAUUCAGACUUGUAAAUAUAACAACUAUUUCAAGUAAUCUUAAAGUCAUAUAUUUGCAUGUUCUUUUUAAGCUUCGUCCAUCCUGGUUAUUGCACUGAACGAUAAUAUAUAAUAUGGCAUGUUAACAGUAUACCAGUAACAGCACUUUAUCUCAUUUAUAUGAACACCUUUGAGGUGCUACUUAAGUCGAAACUGAUGUAUUAUUCAUUUGUAAAGAUAAGGUACAGGAGUGAACCUUGAUUUAAAGGUAUUUUUAUAUGAAAAUGGUGUGCUAUUGGAGGAUGUUAAAAUACUAGUUUGAGAGAGGUGGGAGUGUAUUUGUUUUGUAUGUUGGGAUGUGAAAUUUAUUUUCUAGAAUUGGAGAGAAGGAAGUUCUAUAUUUACAGAAUGUUUUAAAAAUGAAUAGUUGUAAUGAAGUCCCUGUGAGCAUCAUUAUGGUUUUGUAUGAAUAGGACUCUUCUGGUGUCAUUCUUCAUUUGUUCCUGAGUGUGUACAGUGUACUUUGUACAGCUUUAUCAGUCUUUUUUUAGAGGCGUUUCAUGAGUUCUGCUAUAACUACUAUGGCUUAUUUAUUGUUUAUUGUUUUCUUUAAUA